CUUCUGACCCGCGCGGCUCGGGAUGGGAAACCACGCCGGGAAGCGGGAGCUGAGCGCCGAGAAGGGCAGCAAGGACGCAGACCCCAGCGCAGGGGAACCCUGCAGGAGGAGGACCCCCCAGCCCCUUACCCGGGAGGCCUCGGACGACAGCGAUGUGUUCGGAGAGGCAGAUGUGGAGCAGAACAAUGGGGCCCCCUCUCAGGGCGCGGCGGUGACAGACUCCAAGCGCACAGCGGACCCGAAGAAUGCCUGGCAGGAUGCCAACCCAGCUGACCCGGGGGGCCGCCCCCACUUGAUCCGCCUCUUUUCCCGAGAUGCCCCCGGGAGGGAGGACAACACCUUCAAAGACAGGCCCUCGGAGUCAGACGAGCUCCAGACCAUCCCAGAGGACAGCGCAGCCACCCCCGAGGGCCUAGAUGUGAUGGCCUCACAGAAACGACCCUCCCAGCGGCACGGCUCCAAGUACCUGGCGUCCGCGAGCGCCAUGGAUCACGCCAGGCACGGCUUCCUCCCGAGGCACAGGGACACGGGCAUCCUUGACUCCCUCGGCCGCUUCUUUGGCGGUGACAGGGGUGUCCCCAAGCGGGGCUCAGGCAAGGUGCCCUGGCUCAAGCAGAGAAGGAGCCCUGUGCCCUCUCAUGCCCACAGCCAGCCCGGGCUGUGCAACAUGUACCAGGACGGACACCACGCGGCGAGGACCACCCACUACGGCUCCCUGCCCCAGAAGUCCCGCCCCCAAGACGAGCACCCCGUGGUGCACUUCUUCAAGAACAUCGUAAACCUCCGCUUCCCUCCCCCUGCCCGUCUCUCGCAGGGAGCCGAGGGGCAGAAGCCGGGAUUCGGCUACGGAGGCAGAGCCGCCGCCCACAAGGGAUUCAAGGGGGCCCACGACGCCCAGGGCACGCUCUCCAAAAUCUUCAAACUGGGAGGACGAGACAGCCGCUCUGGAUCGCCCAUGGCUAGACGCUGAUGUCUUGCCCCGUCACAGAACCCCGUCCUCGGCUUCUUAAUAUAACUGCCUUAAGAUGUUAAUACCGUUCACAUAAAUUACCUACUCGUAGCAACCCCCCCUGCCUAAUGCCCGUUGAGUUGUGCACAUCGGAGGGGCGGGCACGCCGCCCCCUACUGGCAACUCCUGGCCAUCAGCUAAAUGGAGAAAACGCAGACAGAAAAUUAAAUAGUUACUCUGAGUUUGAAGACAAAUGCCCGGGGACUCUCAUCCCACUGCGACGCGGCCCCGCCGCCCCGCGGGGCAGGUGCCCAGCGCACCUCCAAGUUCGCCCUCCUUCCUUGGACUUGCUUUGCUGACUCGGCACCCCUUGGCUUCUGGGCACUGCCGCGGCCACGUUGCUGUGGAGACAGACAUGUGCGGGGCGGUGAGGACUGUCGAUCCGAGCUUCCUUUGGUUUCUACCCCUGCCCUUGCUCACCUCCUAACACACACUCACCCUCCGUCCAGGAUCAGGCAGUCGGGAACGCACAGGGGGCUUCGGUACGUGGAGUGCGGGCGGGCAGCUGUGAAGAGGCCCACGCGGUGGGCGCGGAGGGGGCGCCUGCGGGGGCGGCUGCCCAGCUGGCGGGACUCAGGCGCGGCGGAGAGGGUGCAGGCAGGCGGCCCUGGGCGGGGCAACGGCCCCUACAGGAAACAGGACCUUCUUGGAAGUCGGGUGACGGCGCGGCGGGAGCCAGACGGGCCCCGCAGACAACCUGUUUCCCCCCAGAGCCCAGCAGGAGGGUCUGAGCGGGGCUGGAGGAGUUUCCUGGGUGGCCUCAGGGCGUCACCCUGGUCGCCAUGGGAGGUGGCCGGCGACAUGCUUCCACGGCGCGCGGCGCGGCAGGUGCACACUAACCCUGGGUGGGCGGGGCGUCGUCCACCUGCUUCUGGGACACAGACGUGCGUAGUCGGUAGGUUUCGGAGGGACCCUGUUCGCUGACCUGGACGUGUGAGCGGAGAGGGGCCUCAGAGCUGUGUCUCUUCUAACACCAGCUGACCUUUCCCUGCUCCCUCCUAACAGACUGAACCCACGUUUUGAUUUUAGGGUAUCUCUCACAGGCCUUCCAAAGAACCCCACACCAGCACCCCGUCCCCUUAGAACCCAGACGAGAAGUAGUGAGCGUAAUCCUGUCCUAAUUCCUGCUCGGUGUGGGUUUAAUGUAGUGUCUAUUAAUACCUAGCCUCAGUGAUGAGAGGGUUGGGGGGGGGGGAGAAAAAGGAACACAAUUCCAGAAACAAAACCUCCAAAUUGCUCGACACACACACACACUCGACAUCUUGGAGCCGAUUGCUGGCUGAGUGAUCUCUCUCUGGCUGCGCACCCGCCAGUGCGCGCUGUUGUGGGAGGUCUUGUGGAAAGUACACAUGUUCUCGAAAAUUGAAAUAAAAUAAUAAACUUUUAAUGAUA